GUGCGGUGGGGGUGGGGGGGGGGGGAGAAUGGGACUCCCAGGAUGGGAUGAGGGAGCGGUGACAGCCAGCCCCGCCCCCCACCCAGGUUACCUGGUCCGCCUGUGCCCGUCAGAUGGCCACGCUGAUACAACUUGCUUCACUCAGGCUGCAGACUCGGGCAGGGCAGGGACGGGGCUCGGUGCCCGCCUGCCCGCCGCCGCAACUUCACAGACAGUCGGCGGGAGACGAAUGAGGGUCCCGGGGACCGGACACCGGCUGCGGAGAAUCAGCGAGCGUCUUGGACACUGCCGCGGGUCUACCGGACGACGGUAGGAGACAGACUGAAUACCAGCGGCAGACAGAUGCAGCUCCCGGGGGCGGCGCAUCAGAUUUAACUCUGACGAGGCUACAGCCCUGUGACAAUGAUCAACAAUCACUAUAACAGCUCCCUGGGCAUCAGCACAGGGGGCACCGUGCACACCUACCCACUGACGCUGGAGCAGAAAACCGCCUUCGCUUUCGUGGGCAUCUUAUUCAUUUUCCUGGGCCUCCUCAUUGUGCGGUGUUUCCGGAUCCUUCUAGACCCUUACAGCAGCAUGCCCUCCUCAACUUGGGCAGAUGGGAUGGACGGGCUAGAGAAGGGGACCUUUGAGUACGCCUUGGCUUGAAAUGAAGAGAAGUGCCUUGUGAGUGCAUAGACUGCUGUCCAGUCACGGUAUCAGGGGAUCCGUGGGAUCACGGCGGCACUUCCAAAGGACCGAGGUGUCGUGGAGUGGUUCCUACUUUAUCCAUGAGACCUUAAUGCAGGGCAUCUUAUUGGUGAAGUGUGUCAUGGUGUUGAAAUAUCAGCAUUACUUGCUUCUGGAUUGGGCUGUUGGGGAUGGUGCUGGAAGCAGAUACGAGGGUGGUGUUUAAGAGGCUUUUAGAGGAACACGUCAACGUGCAGGGAAUGGGAGGGAUCUGGAUCAUGUGCAGGCAGAAGAGAGCUUAAUUUGGUUUUGUGUUUGGGUCGUGCUAUUCUAUGUCAUUGAUUCACGCAAUAUGGAAACAGAUCUUCCAGCCCCUGGAGUCCACACUGACCAUCAACCAGCCACCUCCAUUGACCUCAUUUUAUUGCGUGUGCCAACAUCACUCUCCUGUUGGUUCGUGUAGACUGGUGUGGCGGCAGCUUGGAUUUGGCAGAAACUUUAAUCCUAAAUUGUCGGAAUUCAUUAAUGAACCAGCAGGUUUUAUAAGUUAAUACAUUGUUAUUAUAUUGUAUUAUCAUACGAAAAAAGAUCUGCCAUUUAGAGCAGUUAGAUCUAAGGUCUGAGUGAUAUUAUCUGCAGUGAGUAUUAUUCAUAGAGUUCCCAGUAAAGGUGGGUUAGAAACACUUUAUUGUGAUCCAGCAUAUUCUGUGUGAAGAUAAAUUGAAAGUUAUCAGUCAAAAGUAUAUAGUCUGGUAUUACAAAUGUGGCUGUAUGGUGUCCAAUAAAUUAAUAUUAGCAUUCAAUUUCUGAUCUGCAUAAUCUGUCAAAAGACUGAACUAAUUAUAUUGCCCGUCCAUCUCUCUGCUUUAUCUUUCCGCUUAAAUCAUUUUAUGCAGAAUUGUAAAUUUAGGGUUAACAAUUAAAUAAAAAAAAACAAUACUAAGGUGUCUGACCACUCAGAACUUGCUAAUAGCAGAAUGUGUUUUUCCAUUUCUAUACUUAUUAGUGAGAGAAUAAUGUUGGCAAUUAAAAUCAUAGCAAGCUCCAGCUAGAUAAAACUGAAUGCAAACCAAAGUCAAGGUGGUGAGCAGUGUGACGGUCUUUGCUUCAGAUUUAAAGGAAAUGGAUUUUCUAAAUGGCAUUCAAAUCUUGCUGUGCACAGGUUACAAUUUUCUACUUGCCCCUGACGUGGUAAGAUUUAGCAAAAGUUGGUCUUGUGUGCAGAGGUUUCAAUGUGACCUUAGCAGCAGCAAACACAGGGCAGGAGCAACUAAUCUAUUUUAUUGCUAAAUCCGGGAUCCUGCUGUGUGUAAAUUGGCUGCCGCUCUGGCCUAGAAAACAACAGGGAUACACUUCUAACCUAUGAAAUGCUGAGGCAUUCUAACCGUGUGAAAGGCAAGUCUUCUCUACCUAUUUUGGGGCUACAUACGUUCUGAAAUAAGGGAUUUGUUAUUUUUCAAACGGAGAAGUAAGAGUGAGCAGUAAAUUAUCAGAGUAAAAA